GACACUUCCCGUGGAGGGACCGUCCCGUGGCGCCUGGUGGGCCCGGGGGGACGCGGCGGGCCGGGAGCGGCGGCGAUGGCCGACCACAGUCUGGACGAGUUCCGCCGGCGCUGGCAGGAGGAGCUGGCGCAGGCCCAGGCGCUGAGGAAGCGGCGGCGGCCCGAGGCUGCCGAGCGACGGCCGUGGCGGCCCGAGGUGGUCCCUGGGCGCGGCGAGCAGCAGGCCUCGGGGUACUUGGCGCUGGCCCAGGGCCUUUUGGAGGGCGCGGGGCGGCCCCCGGCGGCGCGGGCGAUCCGGCCCGAGAGGCAGGAGGCGGCGAGCCGUUCCCGCUCCCCUCCGGCCCGCGAGGCUGCCGGCGGCGGGGAGCAGCUGGUGGAUCAGCUCAUCCGGGACCUGAAUGAAAUGGAUGACGUGCCCUUCUUUGAUAUCCAACUGCCUUACGAGUUGGCAAUCAAUAUAUUUCAGUAUCUGGACAGAAAAGAACUAGGAAGGUGUGCACAGGUGAGCAAGACGUGGAAGGUGAUUGCAGAAGAUGAAGUACUCUGGUACCGGCUGUGCCAGCAGGAAGGGCACCUUCCCGAGAGCAGCAUCUCUGAUUAUUCUUGCUGGAAGCUCAUCUUCCAAGAGUGCCGAGCCAACGAACACAUGUUAAGAACCAACUGGAAGAAUCGCAAAGGCGCUGUGAGUGAGCUGGAACACAUUCCUGACGCGGUUUUAUGUGAUGUGCAUUCUCACGAUGGUGUUGUCAUUGCUGGAUAUACAUCAGGGGACGUGAGGGUGUGGGACACCCGCACCUGGGACUACACAGCCCCCUUCCUGGAAUCGGACUACGAGGAGGAUGAGCCUGGAAUGCAGCCAUAUGUCUCCUUUGUGAGGAUAAACAGCUCGCUGGCGGUAGCGGCUUACGAGGAUGGAUUUCUUAAUAUUUGGGACCUAAGGACUGGAAGGUAUCCUAUUCAUCGUUUUGAGCAUGAUGCAAGAAUACAAGCACUAGCCCUCAGCCAGGAAGAUGCAACUGUUGCCACAGCUUCUGCUUUUGAUGUCGUAAUGUUAUGCCCCAAUGAGGAGGGAUAUUGGCAAAUAGCUGCAGAAUUUGAAGUUCAGAAACUGGUUGACUACCUUGAAAUAGUUCCAGAUACUGGAAGGUAUCCUGUGGCCGUAGCCACUGCUGGAGAUCUGGUAUACCUGCUAAAAGCCGAAGACUCUGCCAGAACCCUCCAUUAUGUCUAUGGGCAGCCUGUCACAUGUCUAGAUGUCUCCUCCAACCAGGCUGCUUUUGGUGUGAAGAGUCUGGGAUGGGUGUACGAAGGAAACAAGAUCCUGGUGUAUAGCCUGGAAGCAGAACGCUGCCUUUCGAAGCUGGGCAACGCGCUUGGCGACUUCACCUGCGUCAACCUCCGGGACAGCCCUCCCAAUCUCAUGGUCAGUGGCAACAUGGACAGGAGGGUGAGGAUCCACGACCUCCGCACUGACACGAUCGCCCUGUCCAUCUCUGCCCACCAACUCGGAGUCUCUUCAGUCCAGAUGGACGACUGGAAGAUUGUCAGCGGGGGCGAGGAGGGCCUGGUCUCCGUGUGGGACUAUCGGAUGAACCAGAAGCUGUGGGAGGUGCACUCCAGACACCCCGUGCGGCACAUCUCCUUCAACUGCCACAGCCUCAUCACGGCCCACGUGCCCUACGAGAGGGUGGUGCGCAACGCCGACCUGGACAACUUCGUCACCCACCGCAGACACCGGGGGCUGAUCCAGGCCUACGAGUUUGCAGUGGACCGGCUGGCCUUUCAGAGCACUGUGCCCAUCUGCCGUUCGUCCUGUGACACCAUACCGGGUUACAACUAUGACCUGGCGCUUGCUUUUCCCUGUGACAACAUUUAGAGAAUUGUCUCAUUUGGGAGCUGG